AUGAUUUCUAGAAGCUUGUUGGCCUGGCUAUUGGUGUUUCCCCAUCUUGAUCUGACUGCCGCCAUGCACAAAAUAAGGCUUUUGAACCAAGACACUGCUGUAACAUCGUAUGAACUACUCGCGACCGAGCCCAACCAGAUUUCGGAGGCAUCAAACAGAAGAGCUUUAGGUUCACCAUCAUCGAAGUUUUUGGAGACAAUUUGGUCCCGGGGAAAAAAAUCGACAUCGGAGAUUGACGCUGACCUCGUUGCCAUUGCAGAGGAUCCAAAAAAUAUGGAGUGGUAUUACAACCACAUUUUUAAUCCGAAUCCCCUACGGCCGGAACACCACUAUACUUACCAUUGGCUAACGGGUGGUGAAUUGAACGAGUCCCUUGAUAAGGCUUUUUGUCAUAAGUACAUUUCCGGAGACCAAAUAAUUUUUAAUCUGCUGAAGAAAUUCAAGUCAAAACAGUGGAAACGUCCAAAGAAAUUGAGCAAGGACAUGAAGAGCAAGAUUGACAAAGCCUUGGAUAACUUAUUCCAAAUGAAGGAUAAAUCUGACCAUGAACCGGCCAUACGGAUGGCACAUUACAUUCAAGUGUUUUGUCAGAUAAGUGGUAUCCGCCCACAAGAAAGAACCGAGUUAGAAAAACUCAUCCUGAAGCAUAUUCAAGACCAGAUGGUACCGAAAUACACUGGCGAAGCUUUGGAUUCACAUGUUCGAUACUUGUACCGUUGUAUGAACCGAAUUUUGGGCGUGAAAACACCAGCGAGGCCAGCUCAUGUGUGGAGCUCCUCAAGAUAG